GUGAGUCACAAUGGUGCUAUUGAAAAACCAAAACCGAAGAAGUCACCGGAAGCGGAACUGAGUCGCGGAGUCCUUACAGAGGCGUACAGUCCGCCAUUGUUAAGUAUCAGUGUAAUGUGAUCACAACACGAAAGAAAACUACUCUUUUAAUUCACGGACUUACAUUGAACUUUUUCUUCGAAGCACGGACGUGCAGCUAAUUUGUGUUUUGGUGUUCCGCCGGGAGAAACAUGGAGGUGAGCUUCGCCGGCGAGGUGUCGUCCAUCGUAGAGAUGGCCUUCCAGGCCACCGUGUCCCUCUUCAGGGAUGUGUGGGCCAGAGAGGUGCCAGACUCGGAGUGGGAGGACGCCAAGCUCGGCGACGACAUCCAGGAGAUCGAGAGAGGGCUUCUGCUGCAGAUCCAGGCCGUCUUCGCCGAGUUCUCCUCCGCCAUGUUGGAGGAGAACGAAGCUUUAAAGGCCAAAGUGGAGCAGCUGGAGGAUGUGGUCCAGACCAAGGCCGGCCAGCUGGAGCAGGAGCUGCAGGUCCGAGUGGGACAGCUGGGGAGGGACAUGAAAGAGCUGGAGAAGGAGCUGAAGAAUCUCAGUGAUGGUGGAGCACAGCCUGAUGCUCACCUCAACAUGCAAGGAGUCCUAAGUCCCGACCCUUUGACAGACCGCCAGUCUCCAGCCGCCCAGAUGGUCUUGGUGAGCCAGAGCAGCGGCGCUCCCACCCUGAUGCUGCUUGAAGACGGAGACCACCUCGUCGAGCCACCCGCGUCUUCCGCCGACGGCGUGGCGCAGCUUAACCUUCCGCCGGCGGCCUCGCCCGGAGACACGGGCCAAGAUGUCCCCAGUUCUGAUUGUUGUUCCGUCAGCACCGAGGACAUGCCACACGAGCAGUGCUCAAUGGACGAGACCUCUUCAGGACAAGCACCCGGGACCGUGGAGCCCAGCUUCAAAGUUAAAAUAGAGUCACCUGACAGGAGCAUAGACGAGGUGAACUGUGAUCAGGCGGAAGGGCGACGGCUCAGGAAGAAAGAGCCGCGGCCCAUCAAGAGGUUCUUCUGCGACGAGUGCGACGCCGCCUUCUACUGGCGAGCCGACCUGAAGAAGCACGAGGCGCUCCACAAGAGGCCGUUCCCGUGCGAGCAGUGCGGGAGGAGCUUCCUGGAGCAGAAGUCUUUGGACAACCACCUCCUGCGUCACGAAGAGUCCAAGACGCCGCUGCCCUUCCCGUGCCCGCUGUGCAAGCGCUCGUACCGCAAGGACCAGUCGCUGCAGAACCACCUCAAGUGCCACAAGCGCCACCAGCAGCCCAAGCCCUACACCUGCCAGCACUGCGGCAAGACCUUCCGCGUGGGCCAGUCGCUGGAGAACCACCUGCUGCGCCACGAGAAGUGGAAGGAGAUGCUGAAGUGUCCGCUGUGCGACAAGGCGUGCAAGACCCGCGUGCAGCUGCGGGGUCACAUGGUGGUCCACUCGGAGGAGCGGCCCUUCAGCUGCGCCACCUGCGGCAAGGAGUUCAAGAGCAAGGACACGCUGCGCUUCCACCAGAUGGUGCACACCAGCGACAAGAAGUACAAAUGUCCCGACUGCGAGGAGACCUUCAAGUACGCCCACUCGCUGACGGUGCACAAGAGGAAGCACACGGGCGUCACGCCAUUCGUGUGCGAGGUGUGCAAGCGCCCGUACCGCACCGGCACGGCGCUCAAGCGCCACAGCGCCGUGCACACGGGCGAGAAGCCGUUCACCUGCCACGUGUGCGGCGCCAGCUUCAGCCUCAACAACAACCUGAAGAGACACCUGCGCAUCCACACGGGCGAGAAGCCCUUCGGCUGCCAGGACUGCAACAAGACCUUCUCCGACAACAACAAGCUGAAGUCGCACAUGCUGGUGCACGGCGCCAGGAAGCCCUUCAUGUGCGACCUGUGCGGAAAGACCUUCCUCUUCAACUGCCGCCUGCAGAUCCACCUCAAGUACGUGCACGCCGACGGCAAGCCCAAGAAGUUCCCGGCCGCGCAGAGGAGCAAGCUGCUGGUCAAGCCCUACAGCUGCAAGAUCUGCCUGAGCAGCUUCAGCGCCGCCUGCUCGCUCAAGCUGCACGAGAAAAGCCACAGCGAGCAGAAGGAGUUCAACUGCGAGCUGUGCGACAAAGCUUUCCACAACAAAUACUCCUUCCGCUACCACCAGAGGAGCCACCUGGGAGAGAAGCCCUUUGUGUGCGAGGUGUGCGGCAAGGGCUUCUUCCAGGCCGGGAGCCUCAAGCAGCACGAGCGCAUUCACACGGGCGAGAAGCCGUACAAGUGCAACCAGUGCGGGAAGGCCUUCCGCACCGACGGCAACUUCUACCGACACGUGCGCAUCCACACGGGGGAGAAGCCCUUCGAGUGCAGCUUCUGCCAGAGGAAGUUCCACCAGUCCAACCAGCUCAAGUCCCACCUGCAGGUCCACACGGGCCAGAAGCUCUACUCCUGCCAGCAGUGCGGACGCGGCUUCUCCGACUCGCGGCAGCUCAAGAAGCACAGCUGCGCCGCGCCACAGGAUAUGUUGUGGUGUUCGUUUGCAAGUAGCCGGCUAAGAAGUCCCCUCUGCUCUCCUCUGUCAUGUCAGACCGUUUGCAAUAAAUCUGACGUGAAAAUGUCACAGAGUUUGGUAUUUUAUUCGCAAACCAAAUUAAUUUUGGAGACUGUUAUUCACGGUUCUCUGGACUUACUCGGACCUACAAAAGAGGGCACUUCCACGGAUCAAUCAUGUUUGAGAGUGAAGCCAGGAUUGGACAAAGCGGUGGACACGUUGGCUCGGGAGGCCAGCAGAAAGAUCGCCGCCGUUUUCCAGCAGCUGUUUGCGGCGGAGAACAAGGAGAAGCUGGCGCUGAGGGACAAGGUGUGUCAGCUGGAAUGCGAGCUGAAGGCCCUGACGGACAACUUUGACAACGCCAGAACGUGGAGAGAAAAUGUUCUGAAUGGAUGCCCUGUACUGAACGAGCAGACCGGAUGGAUCUUCACCUUGAAGCCCUUUGGGACGCUGGUCAAAUCAGCCGAGGAAGAGUCGGCGGCUGCUGAUGGAGACGGUGGACAAGAUGAAGAUGUUGCAGACCAGACUGAGGAGGUGACAUCAUCGUCCAGCACACCAGAAGGUGAUGUCGUCACGACCCCGCCCACUGAGCGUCUCCAAGCUGCGGUCCAGAAGAAGGUCUUUGAAUGUGACGUGUGCAGCAAGAGCUUCAGCCGCCAGCUUCACCUGACGAAGCACGCGGACACCCACAAGGAGCCCUCCACCUGCCCCCGCUGCCCCAGGACCUUCCGCAAUGCGGCCACGUUGGAGCGCCACCUGCUGCGGCACGAGGAGAGGGAGCGGCAGAGCUUCGCGUGCGCCCUCUGUGAGAAGGCGUUCAAGAGCAAGAUGCUCCUCAAGUCCCACGAACUGGUCCACCGAGACGCCCGGCCCUUCGCCUGCGCCACCUGCGGCAAGGCCUUCAAGAGCCGCCAGCGCCUGCAGGCCCACCGCGUGGUCCACAGCGCCGACAAGCCGCACAAGUGCGAGGAGUGCGGCGAGGGCUUCCGCUACGCCGUGGCGCUGCGCGGCCACCGUAGCGUCCACACGGGCGAGUAUCCUCACAAGUGCGGCGUGUGCGGCAAGGCCUUCGCCAAGAAGCGCUCGCUGGGCACGCACAUGGCCGUGCACCGGGGGAAGAUGUUCACGUGCGAGACGUGCGGCGCCGGCUUCACACUGCGGCAGAACCUCAAGCGGCACUCCCGCAUCCACACGGGAGAGCGGCCGUUCAAAUGCCACGUGUGUGGCGUGAGCUUCGUGCAGGACAAGCUGAAAGCCCACAUGCUGCUCCACGGCGCCUCCAAGACCUUCAUGUGCGACCUCUGUGGGAAGACCUUCCUCUACAACUGCCAGCUGCAGAAGCACCAGCAGCUGAUCCACCUGCCGGGGGACGGCCACGGCCAGGCGGGGCGCAGGCGGGCCGGGGUGCGCGCGUCCCGCACAGUCAUCUUCCGGCGGGACAGGACCACGGUGGAGGUGACGCCGUUCACCUGCCAGACUUGCCAGCGGGGCUUCCACUCGGCGGCCUCCCUCAAGAAACACGAGCAGGUGCACGCGGGCCGCACGCCGUACAGCUGCCACGUGUGCGGCAAGGCCUUCCUCUACAAAGCCACCUUCGACUACCACCUGAGGACGCACUCGGGGGAGCGGCCCUACGCCUGCGACGUGUGCGGCAAGACCUUCAUCAUCCAGCACGCCCUCAAGUCGCACAAACUGCAGCACACAGGCGAGAAGCCUCACAGGUGCGAGCAGUGCGGGAAGGCCUUCCGGGUCUACACCAACUACCGCCGACACCUGAGGAUCCACACGGGCGAGAAGCCGUACCAGUGUGAGGUGUGCGGCGUGCGCUUCCGGCAGCUCGGCCACGUCAAGUUCCACAUGCAGGUGCACACGGGGGAGCGGCCCUACGUCUGCCACACCUGUGGGCUCGGCUUCUCCGACUCCAGGCAGCUAAAGAGACACGCCUGCGCCCAGAACGCGCUGGUGACCUCGUACAUGUGACUCAAUAUAUUUACUAGGGCUGGCAAAUGAUUCAUCACAUUUUAGAAUUUGGAUUAAUCACAUUUUGGAAUUUGGAUAAUCAUGAUUAAUCACAUUUUGGCAUUUGGAUUAAUCAUGAUUAAUCACAUUUUGGAAUUUGCUCAAGAGACACGCCUGCGCCCAGAACACGCUGGUGACCUCCUACACGUGAUUCAAUAUUUUUACUAGGGCUGGCAAAUGAUUAAUCACAUUUUGGAAUUUGGAUUAAUCAUGAUUAUUCACAUUUUGAAAUUUGGAUUAAUCAUGAUUAAUCACAUUUUGGAAUUUGGAUUAAUCAUGAUUAAUCACAUUUUAGAAUUUGGAUCAAUCAUAAUUAAUCACAUUUUGGGAUUUGGAUUGAUCAUGAUUAAUCACAUUUGGGAAUUUGGAUUAAUCGUGAUUAAUCACAUUUGGGAAUUUGGAUUAAUCGUGAUUAAUCACAUUUUGGAAUUUGGAUUGAUCAUGACUAAUCAUAUUUUAGAAUUUGGAUUUAUCAUGAUACAUCAAAUUUUGGAAUUUGGAUUAAUCAUUAGUAAUCACAUUUGGGAAUUUGGAUUAAUCGUGAUUAAUCACAUUUUGGAAUUUGGAUUAAUCGUGACUAAUCACAAAUUUUUGAAAUUGGAUUAAUCGUGAUUAAUCACAUUUUGGAAUUUGGAUUGAUUAUGAUUAAUCACAUUUUGGAAUUUGGAUUGAUCAUGACUAAUCACAUUUUGGAAUUUGGAUUUAUAAUGAUAAAUCAAAUUUUGGAAUUUGGAUUAAUCAUGAUUAAUCACAUUUUGGAAUUUGGAUUGAUCAUGACUAAUCACAUUUUGGAAUUUGGAUUUAUCAAGAUAAAUCAAAUUUUGGAAUUUGGAUUAAUCAUGAUUAAUCACAUUUGGGAAUUUGGAUUAAUUUUGAUUAAUCACAUUUUGGAAUUUGGAUUAAUUAUGAUUAAUCACAUUUUGGAAUUUGGAUCAAUCACAGGUGAUUACAGGCAUGCAUACUAAAAUUGGCCCAAAACCUCCAUAUUUGUAUACAAAUGAAAUGUAAUUGUCAGAAUGUUACCGAGGAACGUUGUACUUGGACACAAGUCAUUUAUUUGCACACAACAGUUUACAUUUUGGGGUGAAAUGUGCCAGCGAGCACACCAGUCGGAGUCUCCUCACUCAUUUUCGUAGUGACGUAUGCAUUGAUCUGAUCACUGACCGUAUUGCCGUUAAGGUAAAAGAGCUUGUACACUCAAGAUAAAUUGCAUAAUUAAUCUUAAGUGUGUACAUGAUUCAUGCAAUAUUUUUUGUGAUUAAUCACAUGAGUUAACUCAUUAAUUUUGACAGCCCUAAUAUAAAUAUGAUGCUUACGCUCACCUCCUAAUAAAUGAAACAUGAUAUUUUACUGUUGUAUUGUGUUCCCUUUGAUCUAAACCCGAAAUAAAUUAGUCCUACUUCUAGUUUCUAUUC